GAGACAACACAAGCAACAUGUUCAAGCUGUCCGUUUGCCUUAUUGCCGCCCUGGCCAUCUCCGCCGUCUAUGCUGACCACAUUAACAAGGAUGCCCAAAUUGUGAGGGAGACCAACGAUGCUGCCGAUGCCGAAGGCAACUAUGCUUAUGCUUUCGAAACAUCGAAUGGCAUUGCCGCACAGGAGGCUGGAAAUGGUGCCGGAGUCUCUGGAUCUGUUAGCUACGUUUCGGAGGAUGGAACUCCAAUCAGCUGGACCUACACCGCUGAUGAAAAUGGAUACCAUCCCGUUGGCGAUCAUUUGCCCACACCUCCCCCAAUCCCAGAGGCAAUCAUCAGAGCUUUGGAAUACAUCCAGUCUCAUCCUCAUCAAGAGUAAUUGUUAAUGGUAGUAUAUAGACUAGACAUCAUAUCAUAUCGUGCAAUAAACCAAAAACUGAACUUGAUAUUUGAUCAAGUGAUGAAC